AUGACUGAUCGUUUAACUCAAUUACAAAUUUGUUUGGAUCAAAUGAUGGAACAAUUCUGUGCUACUUUAAAUUAUAUAGAUAAAAACCAUGAUUUUGAACCAUUUGAUCAUACUGAGCCAAAAAUGACUGAUUCCCAUGCAGUUAUUGCACCUCCAGAAGAAUUUUCCAAUACUAUUGAUGAAUUGUCCACUGACAUUAUAUUAAAGACAAGACAGAUUAGUAAACUAAUUGAUUCUUUGCCAGGGGUUGAUGUUUCUGAAGAGGAACAAUUACAUAAAAUUGAUUCCUUGCAAAAAGAAUUGGUCAAAGUAGAAGAACAGAAGAUAGAGGCCAUAAAAAGGAAAGAAAAAUUAUCUUCCCAAGUAGAUAAUUUGAUUAAAUCACUUGUUGACGGUAUUGCAGAUGCAAGAAAGACCACGGUUCCUGUAAAUCAUAAUAACAUUCCAAAUUAA